AUGGCAGAGCCUGCGCCUCGAAGAAUUGUCGUUGUGGGAGGAGGAGUUGCUGGAAUAUCUCUGGCACAUUAUCUGUUACGACACACCCUGCCAACCUUGACCGAGCGUCUCGGGCUACAGUACAGCCUUACACUGGUUUCGCCGUCAUCUCAUUUCUACUGGAAAGUAGCGGCACCACGAGCUCUGGUGGAAGCCAAUCAAAGCACAGCCGAGCCCUUCGUUGCCAUUGCAGACGGAUUCCAAGAAUACCACGCAUCGCAAUUCACUUUCCUUCAGGCAGAAGCAACUAGCCUAGACGAGAAGGAACGGAUCCUUCAUACUCGAUUGCCGAAGACAAAUGAGACCACCGCGAUUGGAUACGAUUUCCUUGUCGUUGCUACAGGGACAGCCUCUCACAGUCCCUUGUUCUCCCUAUCGGGGCCCCACACCAAGACCCAAUUUGAGCUUGGACAGAUGCAGACUCGCUUGCGCGAUGCUCAAUCGAUCCUAGUUGCAGGUGGAGGUCCGACAGGCGUUGAGACUGCGGGAGAGCUCGGAGCGACGAGCAAUGACCGAUCCGGCGCCGAAAGGUCCAUCACCUUGCUAUCGGGAGGCAGCCGUCUACUUUCGCAUGCCAGCCCGGGAACCUCUGCCACCGCUGAACGUAUGCUGAGUCAAUUGGGGGUCGGAGUCAGGCACGGGGUUCGGGUCACAUCGGCCAUCCAGCGCGAGAGGGGUCAAUCCUGGGACAUAACGCUGAGCGAUCAGUCCACCCAGACAGUCGACGUCUACAUCGACGCGACAGGCAGUGCACCGAAUAGUGCUUUCUUGCCUCCCGGGUGGCUCGAUGCAAAGGGCUACGUCAAGACCGAUCAGUCUAGUCUCCGUGUGAAUGAUACAGUCGGGGUGUACGCUCUCGGAUCAGUGACCAAUUUCACCAAUGGAAGCUUUUUCGAUGCCAUCGAACCUGUCAGACCCCUCGCUGAUAGUCUUCGGGACGACGAACUUGCGAUGAAUCCCGAUGCAUCUUACCAGACGCAAUCUUGGUGGGAGUCGGUGUUCGGUCGGCGCACAAGGACAUACCAGCAGAAAGUUUCGCUCACGCAAUUUGUUGCGGUAGGAAGAGAGGGGGGUGUCGGGGAGCUCGGGGGCUGGCGAGUGCCGAGCGCUUUGGUAUACAAAGCCAAGGCAAGGACUUUGAUGAUAGAGAAGAUGGGCCCGAUUAUGCACGGGCAGGACUUCCAUCGGGUUUAG